CCGAUGUGAAAAAAAAAAAUCCCAAGUAGUGGAGCUCUAGCUCUAGAUGAUUCCAAAUUUCUAGGUUCAUUUCCCAAACAAUAACUUGAGUACUUAACCAGCCGAAAAAUUGGUAAACACAGCAAUUAUUGUCUUCGACUUUAUUUUCCGUCUUCCCCAUGCAGAGAACCCCAACAGGCCCUAGCUUGCUACUGCUUAUUUCCAUUAUAAAUAUGCUUCUAAGAAACAUCGAGAUUUAACCUUUAAGCCAAUUUAUACCCGAUAUGGCAACAUCCAAGGUAAGCUUGAAGCUUCUUAUAGAUAAAAAGGGCCACAAGGUUAUUUUUGCAGAAGCAGGAAAAGAUUUUGUUGAUUUCCUUCUAUACCUCCUCAAAUCUCCCUUUAGGGACUGUUAUUAGGCUCUUAACAGAGCAAGACAUGGUGGGUUGCCUAGGGAACCUGUAUAAGAGCUUUAACGAACUCGAUGAAUCUUACAUAAGAACAAGCCAAAUCAAAGAAUCCAUUUUGAAGCCAACAGUUUCCAUCUCCGCCACUGAAAUACCUCUCUUAUUGUUAAGUGAUGAACUCCCUUCGAAAAUAUACAGAUGUCAAUAUUGUAACAAAUAUGUGGCAAAGGAGCCAAAUGUGGUUUUGGCUUGUAAUAGUUGCAGCGCUAGAGGACAUGGUAGAUGGAACGUGCCUUCUAAUGAGAAGGGUUUUGUGAAGGGUGUGGUCACUUACAUGGUGAUGGACAAUCUGGAGGUGAGCCCUAUGUCUUCCAUAUCAAGCAUUACUUUGCUCAACCAGUUCAAGAUCCAGGAUUUAAGUGUACUUGAAGAAAGGGUGGUUGAUUUAGGCAUGGAUGAGGCUUUAAAGCUUCUCAAGGAAUCUUUGCAGUCCAAGACAGUUCUUACAAGAGUCUUUCUUGGAACCAUGAAGAAAUUGGGAUGUUACUAAUGUGUUUUUGUUUUCUUCAAAGCUUGGAAUUAGAAGUGGGUAUUUGGGAAAAUUUGUCAGAGUUGAAGCAUGGGUUUGAUUUCUUUUCAUCUUUUUGGUUGUGUCAGUGCUCUUGUCUCCUAGGUCUUUAAUUUGUA